CUGCUCAAAUGCUUCACAUGCGUUUCUGUUAAAGGAAUAUGGCCGCCACCUUGUAUUCAGUUUUAACUAUAGCUUUGAUAUUCUGCCGAGUUACUCCUGGAUCAACUUCUUGUUUACCCGGCUGCUCUUGCACAAAUGACAACUUGGGAAGAUCCCUACUUUGCAUGGAAACAGCCAUGGGGCGAAUCCCAGACAAUGUUCCAAAUGAUUUCAGUAAAAUUCGAAUAGAGAAUUCUCAUCUGACCGAAUUACCCCGCAGCUCCUUCUCUAAAGUUAGUGCCUUGGUGUCUCUAUGGUUGAAUUUCAACGAUAUCACCCUAAUGAACAUCAAGAGUCUGGAGGGGCUGACGAAUCUAACCGAACUACGGCUACAGGGGAACAAGCUGCGUUCAGUCCCAUGGACAGCGUUCCAGGAUACGCCGAACCUGAAGAUUUUGGACCUGAAACAUAACCGACUAGACGUGCUCCCGGAAUCUGCCCUGAGACAACUUCCAGGCCUGACCUAUUUAGACUUAUCCUUCAAUCAGCUUACUGUCAUAUCCAGGGAUGUCUUCCUCAACUGGCCUCUCCUCAACACUCAGGAGAGAAAAGGAGGUACAGAGCCCAGCAGUGGAGAGGCCAACGUUGUUUUAGCGCUGCACGACAACCCUUGGCUGUGUGACUGCCGCCUCAAAGGUUUCGUAGAGUUUAUCAAAACCGUUAGUCCGCCUCUAAUUCUGAUGAACUCGUACCUGAUGUGCAUGGGCCCCAGUUCCAGAGCGGGAAAGUUCUUCCACGAAGUCGGUUUGAAAACAUGCAUGAAGCCCGAGGCCUCAGCCUCAGAAAGCAACGUGACGGUGUCACUGGGGGACAAGGUAACCCUCCGGUGCUUAGUCAAAGCCAGGCCUGACCCCGCCAUCCACUGGUCGUACAGCCUGAAGAUUAUACGGGGAUUUACUGUCUCAGAGACCCGUGUGGACGAUGAGACCAUCAGAUCUCAGCUGGUCAUCCCAUCCCUUCACCUGGCGGACCGAGGCGCUUACACCUGCUUCGCCAACAACUUCAUAGGCAACUCGUCCGUCAUUAUCCUGGUCAACAUCAAGUCUUUCAACGCCUCCUCCUCCUCCGUCGGUGCCGCCAUGUCUCUACCCCCGUUCCCCCUGGCCUCAGCCGACGGGAACGUCUACAUUGACAUCCGCAUCUCCAAGCAGACGGUCUACGGCAUCACUCUGGAGUGGUACGCUGCGACAGACAACCCUGCAGAGACCUGGUUCACCAUCCACUUGGGGAAAUACCACUCUGAGAAAAAGGAGUUGACAUACAUCGGGCCGGGCAUCAACACCUAUUCGGUCAACGACCUCCUACCGGUUACUAAAUACGAGGUGUGUGUAACGCUGAAGAACCAGAUGCCCCGCGCCGGCCAGUGCAUCGUGUUUGUAACAGGAAGUGACAUCAGUCAGCUGGAACAACGGGAGAAGCUCAUCCAUAUUAUUGUGAUCGUGUGCGCCAUGGUGCUGGCGGUGCCCGUGGGGAUGUACGCCUGCACCACCGACACCAGAUGUAAGUUCAGCUGCCUGGACCGCUGUACGGAGCAGUGUAAGAGGAGGAGGAGGCAGGAGAAGACCCUGAAGACCAAUGGGGAGAGACAGGGGACCUUCGACAGCCUCCAGGCCGCCAGCGAUGAAGGACUCUGUGGAGACUCUGAAGAGGUGAUGAAGAAGAGGAGUAAGUCCUCAGACGAAAAAAACAACCACAGGGGAAAAGCACAAGAUCUACCAGAGACAACCACUGGAGCAAAGCUAUAUUAGCUGUAGGUUUAAAGUUUAAAAAUAUCUACUAAAGACAACCACUGGAGCAAAGCUAUAUUAGCUGUAGGUUUAAAGUUUAAAAAUAUCUACUAAAGACAGCAAAGCUAUAUUAGCUGUAGGUUUAAAGUUUAAAAAUAUCCACUAGAGACAACCACUGGAGCAAAGCUAUAUUAGCUGUUUUUUUUAUUUCACCUUUAUUUAACCAGGUAGGCCAGUUGAGAACAAGUUCUCAUUUAUAACUGCGACCUGGCCAAGAUAACGCAAAACAGUGCGACAGGUUUAAAGUUAAAAAAAAAAAUAUCCACUAGAGACAACCACUAGACACAACCACUAGAGACAACCACUAGACACAACCACUAGAGACAACCACUAGAGACAACCACUAGAGACAACCACCAGAGACAA